GAAGAACCUUCUGCUUGCACAGCACCAACUAACUUACUCUCGGCUCCUCUCUGCUGAUUGACGAUACUGAUAUUCUCCACCUCAGGCUUUUGUCUCUCCCUUCAAACUGGUCUAACACACAUUUUUGGAGGACUGGCUGUGGAUGUGAAGCUUUUUUGAUUUAAAAUAGACAGAGUUUGAAAUAGAGUUUUUGCCUGGCUGAAAGUAAAAUUUUUAAGUUACUUGGAAGAAUGGCAUCUAGAUCUUUUUCUGAGGAGGAUUUGUCUUGUCCAGUGUGCUUAGAUAUUUCUAGAAAUCCUGUCGUUCUGUCCUGUAGUCACAGUUUCUGUGAACAUUGUAUUCAGGAAUUUUGGAGAAAGAAUUCAUCUAAAACAUGUCCAGUUUGCCGAAGAGUAUCUUCACACAAACAUCCUCCAUUAAAUAUGGCUUUGAGGAACCUGAGCGAAACCUCCCAACAAGAGAGAAUACAGAAAUCUUCAUCUGGAGUCUGCAGCUUUCACAAUGAGAAGCUCAAACUCUUCUGUCUGGAUGAUCAACAGCUCGUGUGUUUGGUGUGUCGAGACUCCAGAAAACACUCCAACCACAGAUUCUGUCCUGUCAAUGAAGCUGCGAUGGACAAUAAGGAUAUACUCAAUACUUCACUGGAACAUUUACGGGAGGAACUGAGAAUAUCUGUGAAUCGUGGACAAAAUCUGUGUAAAACUGCUGAAGAUAUAAAGUUUCAAGCUCAACACACAGUGACGGUGAUUAAACAGGAGUUUGAGGAACUUCACCAGUUUCUACGCAGUGAAGAAGCAUCCAGAAUAACAGCACUGAGAGAGGAAGAAGAGCAGAGGAAUCAGAUGAUGGAGGAGAAGAUGGAGGAGACGACCAAACAGAUUUCAUCUCUCACAAGCAUAAUCGAAGACAUAGAGAAGCAGAUGAAGACUGAAGAUGUUUCAUUCCUGCAGAACUUUAAGGCCACAUUGCAAAGAGCCCAGUAUGUCCUUCCGGAUCUAGACCUCAGUCCAAGUGUGAUCACUUUCCCAAAUCACCUGACCAACCUGAAGCUCAAUGUCUUACAGAAGAUGCAGGACAAUUUUGGUAAAACUUCAGACUUCAACACCAGUCAUUCUCAUGUCCUAUUUGAUGAUUCAGUGAAAUAUAAUGAAAACAAGCACUUUCAGAGUAGCAGAGGGAACAGUCCACAUAUGUUGUCCAUAGAACCACUGCAAGUAAAAGAAAAUGAAAUGAGAACAGCAACUAAUUCCUGGAGGGCAAAAUCCGUAAAUGAUUCACAGCAAGUAAAAGAAAAAGAAACGAGAACAGCAAUGAAUUCCUGGAGGGCAAGAUCCGUAAGUGAUUCACAGCAAGUAAAAGAAAAUGAAUUGAGAACAGCAACUAAUUCCUGGAGGGCAAGAUCCGUAAAUGAUUCAAAGCAAGUAAAAGAAAAUGAAAUGAGAACAGUAACUAAUUCCUGGAGGGCAAGAUCCAUAAAUGAUUCACAGCAAGUAAAAGAAAAUGAUCCAAGAACAGCAAGUAAUUCCUGGAGGGCAAGAUCUGUAAAUGAUUCACAGCAAGUAAAAGAAAAUGAUCCAAGAACAGCAAGUAAUUCCUGGAGGGCAAGAUCUGAAAAUGAUUCACAGCAAGUAAAAGAAAAUGAACCAAGAACAGCAAGUAAUUCCUGGAGGGCAAGAUCCUUAAAUGAUUCACAGUAAGUAAAAGAAAAUGAAAUGAGAACAGGAACUCAUUUCUGGGGGGCAAGGCCCGUAAAUGCCCCCCUUGGUGCCAUCUCGCAAUGUGAAAAAUUAUUAGAUCCAGUUCCGAAUUGUCAGAAAAUAAAUG